GUAUGUGUUUGUUGAACAGUAUCGACAUCGAGCUUGACUGUUGGCAUUGCCGAGUACAUACUUGCGAUCAUGAAGCAGAUGAAGAUGAUGCUUCUCGCUUUCUUGAGCAUGCUGCUCUUUCAUUGCGCUGCAGGAGAGCUGCUUAAGGCCCGAUCCUCGUGCUCUCCUGCGAAAGAUAUUGUUGUAACGUUUUACUAUGGUUUGGCUGCAUCGAACAAGAUCGUCAGCGUCAGAAUAGGCGGCAAAAACGAAGGAGAAGGAGAAGGCAAGCAAGACGAUGACAACGAAGGAGAAGGCACAGACAAACAAGGCGAGGAAGUAUCUCUGGCGUUCUCAGAUACGGCAAGAGAUUUGGGCGAUGCAGUCCUCCAAAAAUUGGUAGCACAACAAAAGAAUGGCACACUUUCUCUCAGUGCCGAGAUAAAGUUCCUCGAACAACUGCGGUUUCUGAUUGGUACUCAGGAGCUGCAUCUCUCUGGUGAAAGAGGACGUGGGGGGGAAACGUUGAAUCAACUGGAGGCCCUUUCGGUUCCUUCACAUCAAGGCGUGGACGGUGUGGGUCCGGGUAGUGGAAGUGUAAGCGGCAGGGCUCUUUCGUGUCUAGUCGUGGCGCAGCGAACCGUCGAGCAGCUGAAGGAAGAGCAAACUUGGAGGGAAGCUCUGCAGGGACAGGACAACGGUCACGCAAUUAACUACCACGACGCAUCUGAAGAAGCACGAGAGAGGAUCGAAAAAAUCGUUCUGGAAUCUGUGCAGCAAGAUGGUCUCGCCCUUCAGUACGCACCUCCAGAGUUACGAAAUAGCACGCAAAUCGUCACGCC